AUGAGCAGUGCUGUGUUGGUGCCGCGCCUCCCAGACCCCAGCAGCAGCUUCCGCGAGGAUGCCCCCCGGCCCCCGGUCCCGGGGGAAGAAGGAGAGACCCCGCCGUGCCAGCCCGGGGUAGGAAAGGGCCAGGUCACCAAACCCAUGCCUGUGUCCUCCAACGCCAGGCGGAACGAGGAUGGGUUGGGGGAGCCCGAGGGGCGGGCGUCCCCGGAUUCCCCUCUGACCAGGUGGACCAAGUCCUUGCACUCCUUGUUGGGCGAUCAAGAUGGUGCUUAUCUCUUCCGCACUUUCCUGGAAAGGGACAAAUGCGUGGAUACCUUAGACUUCUGGUUUGCCUGCAAUGGAUUCAGGCAGAUGAACCUGAAGGAUACCAAAACUUUACGGGUAGCCAAAGCGAUCUACAAAAGGUACAUUGAGAACAACAGCAUCGUCUCCAAGCAGCUGAAGCCUGCCACCAAAACCUACAUAAGAGACGGCAUCAAGAAGCAGCAGAUUGAUUCCAUCAUGUUUGACCAGGCACAGACUGAGAUCCAGUCGGUGAUGGAGGAAAAUGCCUACCAGAUGUUUUUGACUUCUGAUAUAUACCUCGAAUAUGUGAGGAGUGGGGGAGAAAACACAGCUUUCAUGAGUAACGGGGGACUGGGGAGCCUCAAGGUCGUGUGUGGCUAUCUCCCCACCUUGAACGAGGAAGAGGAGUGGGCUUGUGCUGACUUCAAGUGCAAACUGUCACCCACUGUGGUUGGCUUGUCCAGCAAAACCCUGAGGGCUACAGCGAACGUGAGGUCCACCGAGGCUGUUGAAAAUGGAUACAGGUCCUUCAAGAGGAGCGAUCCUGUUAAUCCAUACCACGUAGGUUCUGGCUAUGUCUUUGCGCCAGCUACCAGCGCCAACGAUAGCGAGAUAUCCAGCGAUGCACUGACUGAUGAUUCCAUGUCCAUGACGGACAGUAGCGUAGAUGGAAUCCCUCCUUACCGUGUGGGGAGUAAGAAACAGCUCCAGAGAGAAAUGCAUCGCAGUGUGAAGGCCAAUGGCCAAGUGUCUCUACCUCAUUUCCCGAGAACCCACCGCCUGCCCAAGGAGAUGACCCCCGUGGAGCCCGCCACCUUCGCGGCCGAGCUCAUCUCCAGGCUCGAGAAGCUGAAGCUGGAGCUGGAGAGCCGCCACAGCUUGGAGGAGCGCCUGCAGCAGAUCCGAGAGGAUGAAGAGAAGGAGGCCUCCGAGCUGGCGCUGAGCCCCAGGGACGGGGGGCCUGCCCCGCACCCCCUCUCCCUCCUGCCCUCCGGCAGCUACGAGGAGGACCCGCAGACCAUUCUGGACGACCACCUGUCCAGGGUCCUCAAGACCCCCGGCUGCCAGUCUCCAGGCGUGGGCCGCUACAGCCCCCGCUCCCGCUCCCCCGACCACCACCACCACCAGCAGCAGUACCACCCCCUGCUCCCACCCGGUGGCAAGUUGCCCCCCGUGGCAGCCCCACAGGCCGGUUGCCCCCUCCUCGGUGCCAGGGGCUUCGUGACCAAGCAGACGACGAAGCAUGUCCACCACCACUACAUCCACCACCACGGCCUCCCCAAGACCAGGGAGGAGAUGGAGGCAGAGGCCGCACAGAGGGUGCGCUGCUUCUGUCCCGGGGGCGCCGGCUACUACUGCUACUCAAAGUGCAGGAGCCACCCCAAGGCUCUGGAGCCCGUGCAGGCCGAGCAGUUUGGGGGAAGCAGAGGCAGUGCCCUGCCCAAGCGAAAUGGGAAAAGCGUGGAGCCGGGCCUGGCCCUGCCCGCCAGGGAAGGAGGGGCCCCCGGCGGAGCCGGGGCCCUGCAGCUUCCCGGGGAGGAAGGAGACAGGUCGCAGGAUGUCUGGCAGUGGAUGCUGGAGAGCGAGCGGCAGAGCAAACCCAAGCCCCCUAGUGCCCAAAGCACAAAAAAGGCUUACCCCUUGGAGUCCGCCCGUGCGUCCCCAGCCGAGCGAGCCGGCCGGCACCACCUGCUGGGGGGCAGCAACGGGCACCCCCGCUCUGCCCCCCGAGCCCACCCGUUCACCCAGGACCCCGCGAUGCCUCCCCUGGCCCCGCCCAACACGCUGGCACAGCUGGAGGAGGCCUGCCGCCGGCUGGCUGAGGUGUCCAAGCCCCCGAAGCAGCGAUGCUGUGCAGGCGGUCAGCAGAGGGACAGGAACCACUCGGCCACUGGUCAGACGGGAGCCGCGCCCUUCUCCAACCCCAGCCUGGCUUCCGAAGAUCACAAAGAGCCAAAGAAGCUGGCGGGGGUCCACGCACUCCAGGCCAGCGAGUUGGUCGUCACAUACUUUUUCUGUGGAGAAGAAAUUCCAUACAGGAGGAUGCUGAAGGCUCAGAGCUUGACCCUGGGCCACUUUAAAGAGCAGCUCAGCAAAAAGGGAAAUUAUAGGUAUUACUUCAAAAAAGCAAGCGACGAGUUUGCCUGUGGAGCUGUGUUUGAGGAGAUCUGGGACGAUGAGGCGGUGCUCCCCAUGUACGAAGGCAGGAUUCUGGGGAAGGUGGAGAGGAUCGACUGAGCCUCGGGGGCCGGGCCCCGGCGCGAGCGCGGGGUCACCGCCCGCGCCACCGGUCUUGGCCGUGACGGAACGCGACGAGACAUUUUGAAGGAAAACUAAACCAAUGAAGAAGACAAAAAUCUCGGGAAGAAUUGGCCACUGGCCAUGCGGGGAGGGUGGGGAGGGCAGGGAGGUUGGUUUUCAUUAUUCACGAGCUGGGUACUGAGAUAAGAAAAGCC